GCGGAUGGCGCCGCGCCGCGGCCGUGGGCGUGGACGCUCGCGCGCGAGGCGGAUCGCGGGCUGCUCGUGGGCGCCGCGGCCGCCGCCGGCGGGGCGCUGCGGGGUGCGACGUGCAGGACGAGGUGCUGGUGGGGCGGGGUGGGCCGACCAGACGAGCCGGCCGCCAAGCGGCAGAGGCUGCUGGGGCCCCCGCAGGCGCAGCAGGUGGGCGAGGGCGAGUUCGUGGGCGAUCUUCACGCGAAGCUCCGCCCGAGAGGAAAAGCCGCCCGAAGAGUUCAUGUGCCCCAUCGCGCACGACAUAAUGCAGGACCCCGUGCUGCUGUCGGGCAGCGGCUUCACCUACGAGAGGAGCAUGAUCGAGGAACACUUCCAGCGCGGCCGGCAGACGGAGCCGCUUACGAACGAGGCGCUGAGGCGGCCCGACCAGCGGCUCCUCAUCCCGAACCGGGUGCUGCGCAGCCAGAUCCGGGACUUUAUGGAGUCUCGAGUCUCCCUGAGGCUGGGCGCGCACCGCGACAUCUGAGAGGGGCGUCCCGCCCCUGGCACGAGUGCCACUGGGAGGAGACACAGUGGGCCGCGCUGUACAUCUGAGCGCAGCUGCGGCGGCAAGUCAUCUGGGCAUAGCCCGGCACACAGGACGUCGUCCGUACGCCGCGUUUUUUUAAAAUUUUUUUCUGCUGCGCUGCUGAGCCGUCCAAGGGCACGACAGGGCAUCAUCUGGAGGGUCUCGAGAGGGGCCUAGGCAGAGGGAAGGCCUGCCGGCGGCUGCCCCCAAUGGUAAUAUCCUAUCUCCCGCUUGGGCCGCAGAGCCCUGAGGGAACUUGCGGAGCUCAGUGUGUACGCUGGAUGUGCCCCUCUUAGUUGUUCUAUCGAGAUGUCUUGUUGGAUGCGUCCACUGGAUCUAGAGUGAAGGGCUUUGUAUCCCCCCUCUGCCUCAACCCGCUCCGUUGUCCUCCGGCUAUUCGUCGGGAGGGCGCUCUGUUUUAUGUGUUUGUUUAGACGGCAAGUUGUAGGUUGUGCUAGUUUCCAAUGUGAUGUUGCACUCGAUCGGCCCGUCGUGCGACAGUCCCCCAUGAGGGUGGAUGUAUCGUCUCUGUAUCGCUCUAUCUCUCUCUCUCUCUUUCUCGCUGUGUAUCUCUCUCUCUCUCUCUUUCUCCCUCCUUCUGCUCGCCCGUUCUGUUUUCAACGAAUUUGCCCGUCUCUGCCCGGCUCUGCCCAGUCUCGUUCUUAUUGUUUGUUUGUUGGCCCGCCGCCCGCAUCAGCAGAGGGCGCUUGCUCGGGCCCAAAGAAGGACGCCGAGGUUUUCCUAUGUCCGUUGGUUAGGAUUAGGAAGCAGCACGAGGAGGAGGAGGAGGAGGAGGCUUGCCGCGUAGUGGCAACGGCGAUGUUCCGCGCGAUCAGUGCGCCGUUGAGACUCAGUAGAACAGUCCACGGUCCGAAGACA